AUGAAGGUUCUCUCACCCUUACAACUAAUUUCAAUCAUUAGCUGUUUCGUCCUGUUUCUAUUCAUCACAACCAACGCUCUAAUAAAUCCCUCAAAUCCAUCUUCUGAUACAACAACAUGGGAUCUGGACAAUGAAAUUUGGUUUGCUCAAUCCGCACCACUAACAGGUCCUUCCAAGAGACUUGGAAUUGAAAUGCGGGAUGGUAUUUUGACUGCCUUUAAUGAAUUCAAUGCACUUGGAGGUGUUUUUGGAGGUAAAAAGUUGAAACUCUUAACUCUAGAUGAUGCCUACGAACCAACCAACACAAAGGUGAAUACCAAUUUGCUUCUCUAUAAUAUUACUCCUCCGAAUACGUCAACAUUGAAUCAGGCUAUUUUCAAUAAUAGUAUCGCAUUGGAUGAGGUAAAAGGAAGAAAAUACUUUGGCUUGAUUGGUUUUGUUGGUACUCCAACAGUGCAGAAUGUUUUUACUGAUGUGCUGAGUCAGGUUUGGCCUCUGAUUGGAUCAUUCACUGGAGUUGGUUGGCUUCGAACACCUUUCUAUCCAAAUAUUAUUAAUAUUCGUGCUUCGUAUGAUGACGAAACUGCUGCUAUGGUUGAGUGGCUGGUAAAUGUCAAAUUGAUAAGAAGGAUUAGUAUCAUGUAUCAGAAUGAUGCUUUUGGUAAUGCUGGCUUGUCAGGAAUUAAUAGAUCAUUGGUGAAGAGAUUGAACAUUUCGCUCUGUUCUAGUGGUACCUUCCCAAGAAAUACUCUGCAGGUUGAGGAUGCUUUCAAUACAAUUGGUAAAUGCAAUCCAGAGGCAAUAGUUUUGAUUGGAACCUAUGCUCCUCUUUCGAAAUAUAUAAGAUUGGUUAAGGAUGUAGCCUUCUCCCCUUAUAAUUCAACACUUGGAUACAGCAAGGCCAAUCAGAUUACUUUCCUUACUGUGAGUUUUGUUGGAUCAUCAGCAUUGACAGAAGAUUUAUCCUCCUAUCAACCUCCUUCUCUUGCCUAUGGAAAGACCUAUUAUACGGACAAUGUUGUAAUUUCUCAAGUGGUUCCAAGUCCAAUGGAUACCAGCUAUCCCAUUGUUUCAUCCUAUCAACGUUCUAGAAAGGAGUAUGCUAAAAAUUUGGGACUUGAUCCAUCACUUGUGUCGUUUACUUUUAUUGAGCUAGAGGGUUAUUUAGUAGGAAAACUUGUGUUUACUGUGCUCAAAAACAUGAUAGGAUCAUUAACAAGGUCUAACUUUAUUGCUAGUAUAUAUUUCGACUUUACAUCUGGUGUUAGUGAUGUAACAAAUGCUGGUGGUUAUUUCAAUUUUGAAUCGGUUCAAGUUGGUAGAUACAAAUAUUGCAAUGCUGUCAAUUUGUACGAUCAUUUCCUUUCACCUAGCAAUCAAACAGUAGUAUCUGGUUCAUGUUCUGAUAAUUGUAAUCAAGGACUUAAAAUUAUUUACCUCAGUAAUAUAGAGCUCAAGAACAAUACUAACAUUAGAUUUAAUAUUUUCAGGGACUUUUCGUGGUAUGACACCCAAAAAUGUAUUUCAGACACUGCUCAAAUUCAAAAACAAAUUAUAAUAGGUCAAUCUAUUUUAUCAACCUCUUUGAGAGAUCAAUUUAUUACUGUGGGUAUUAAUGCUGCUCUUUCAAAAAGAAAUAGUAAUUAUACAAGAAAUAUUGAACUCAAAACACUAUAUCACGAUGAUUCAGCAUCAAUGUUGAAAAAUGUUGUAGAACUGAAAACUCUCCAUGAAAGUGUUGCAUUUGUAGGGGUUUCUGCUGAGAGUAUUAAUUUGGACAGUUCAAAUACCAAUUCAACCAUAGAUAUUAGAGGAUAUUCAGAAUUUUCAAAUAUUCCUUUAUUUGGGGUGCGUUCAACAAAUAGUAUGGUAUUGAGAAAUACAUUUGUUUCAUCUUUUAUUCAUGUAUUUCCAUCAAUAAUGGAUCAAUUGGGUACCGUAAUAGAUUAUAGCAUGAAAAAUGGAGAGAAUAGAAUAAGUAUCGUCUAUAGCAGUUCAAAUUCAAAUUCAGUCGAGGUUAGACAAUUGUUAAAGUCUAUUCUGGAUUCGAUUGGUAUAGAGACCGAUAGCGAGGUUGAUGCCACUGAAACAAUUUCAUUAGACUCAAUUAUUAAUCAACUCAGUUCUAACACUGCUAACCCUCACUCCAUCUUUCUUACUUUGAGUAAUCCAGACCAAAUUCUCAGUAUCAUCUCACAAAUCAAAAAGACCUAUUCGAAUUCUAGCCCACUAUUUAGAAAGGGAUUAUCUGUUUAUUUGAUCAAUUCACUAUUUGAUUCGAGUGUUGAAGCUAUUUUUUCAACACCACUUUCUUUGAUUGUCGAUGAAAACUUGAGUGUAAAGUAUGUGAGCCAUCUUCCAGGAUCCUACAACUCUACUCUUCAAGUAAUAACAGAUUUUGAAAAUUCAAUGGAUACAUAUUUUCCUUCAAUUAAUUAUAGAAAUAAUACUGCUUAUCUUGAGGGCUAUAUUAUUGGAGCAAUGAUCUCUGCAUUUAUCGAUAGUAGUGGAGGUAAUUUAGACGCUAAAGGGCUAUUGAACUACAUGUAUACUGUACAGCAAGUAACUUCUGCUGGUGUAAGCUUUGGAAAGCUGUCUGUUGGAUCCAGCCCUUGUUCAUUAGGAUUAAGAACAAACUAUAUCUAUGCUUACAAUCAAAAAUCACAGACUUUUUCUGAAUUCAAUAUUCGAAACUAUGAUAUGAAUGGGUGUGGUCUUGUUAAAUAUAAGAAUAGCAAAAAGCGUGCUGCUCCUACAAUAGAUAUUUCCUCAUUAGAACAACCUUUGGUGUUUGCCAGAUUAAUACCUUUCUCUGGUGAUGAAUCAUUGAGUUCUUCAAAACUAAGUUUACUAAAUGACGUAAUCGAUGCAGAUGACUACUCGAAAGGACUUUCAUCUUACAUAAACGUAUACAAUACCAAAACUACUAACCAGAAAAUUCAAAUAAGAACAGAAUAUUUCGGGUUUACAGAUAGUAGAUGGAGUCUUGAAACUAAGGUGAAAAAUAUGAUAACUAGACAGAAGGUAUUUGCAUUUGUAACUGGUUUUUCUAGUGAUGAAGAUUUUGCGACAAUUGACAAUAUCAAACAAAUUCUUACAACAUAUGAUACGCCAAUGCUUACAACUUCCAAUUCUUUAGAAUUGCGAAAACCAUUCUCCAAAUAUUUUAUCAAUAUGAAAUCCUCUGUGUUAGAUGAAGUUGCAUCUCAAAUUUCUUAUUUCAAGAAUUAUGGAUCUAUUGCAAUUAUUUAUCACAAUAUUCCUUACUGGACCAACCAAUCAAUUCCAUUAAUAGCAGAGUAUUUGGAAUAUAAUAGUAUUUCAAUAUCUUUAAUACAAGGCUUUAGUGGCAGCAGUGAUUUUAGUUCAUUGGGAGUUAAACUUCAAGAAGGAAAUAUUCAAUCAAUUGUUUUGAUAUCUGGGUCAUCAAUGUCAGCUUCAUUCAUAUCUUCCUUGAUUAUGUAUCAAACAACAUAUACGCCUAAUAUUGGAAUUCUAUCGGAAGCAUAUAAUAAUGACUUUGUUUCAAAGACCUUCACUGUUAACAAUUACAAGUCUGCUCUAUUUGCUCAUAACUUCCUCUAUUUGUCCACAAUUACCUUUGCUCCAAAGAUUUACAGCUCUGAUAUUUGUUCAUUGUCAACCAGUUCUCUACAUACUGACAAACAGAAUUCUUUUAUCUCACUAUUCAUGUCUAACUACAAUUACAAUAGUACAGCAACACACAUGACAUUGGAAGGUUACUCUACAGGAUUUUUCAUUGAAACACUCCUUAAUAGAAUUUACCAAGAAAUGGGAAUUACGAAACUGAGUACUGAUGAUCUAUUUUCAGGAAUUUAUUCUGCUCAAACAUUUGAUAUUUCUGGAUUGAAUACUUUUGGACCAUUUGGGUUGGAAUGCUCCAGUCAAUCAAGUCAAUUAACAACAAAUCAAACUUCUUCUUCUUGUAAUCAGAAAAGUACAACAACUUGUGAUUGCAACCAAGCCCCAAGAAAAGUCUACUUGAGCAGAGUCAAUAUCGUUCCAACAGAAAAUUAUUACACUUUCACUGAUAUUGAUUAUGCAUUCGAUUUCAGCAGUUCAUGUGGUGUGAGUGUUGUCAAACCUGUGCUAUCGACUACUGCAAUUGUUUUGAUUUCAUUGGCUGGGUUCUUUGUCAUUCUGCUCGUUAUUAUUGCCAUAUCAAUCGCUUAUGUUUGUAUUUCAAGAUCAGAAAGUAAUACCAAGAAUGCACCUAAAACUGGUAACAUUUGCUGCUGCUUUACAGAUAUUCAGAACUCGACCGUUUUAUGGGAAAAGUGUGAAAAGGGAAUGAGAGAAGGUCUCAAAUUGCACAAUGAUGUUCUGCGUAAUCAACUCAACUUAUUCAAAGGUUUUGAGGUCAAGACUCAAGGAGACUGUUUCUAUGUCGUAUUCAAGGAUCCACUGGAUGGAAUAGAUUGGGCAAUGAGCUGUCAACACGAAUUAAUGUCCAUUGCUUGGCCAUCCGAACUAUUACAAAUGUAUGAUUGUAGAACAGAGUUUAAUAAUGAAACCAAGGAGAUAGUUUGGAAUGGAAUUAGAGUUAGAAUGGGCUUGCAUUUUGGUUAUGCAGAGAAGAUCUUUGACAAGGUAGUGAACAGACCAGACUACUUUGGUAAUACUAUCAAUGCAGCUGCUAGAAUUGAGGCUUCUACCCAAGGUGGUCAAGUUUUAAUUAGUGAAGAUAUGUUCUCAGAGUUGUGGAAAAUUCAUGGAACUAAUUUAUUCAAAUCCAUCACUUUAAAGGAAGAUAAUCAAGCAACUUAUUUGGAAACCAUUAGUCCUUCAUUUAAAAGUGUGAAUGGUAUAGGAGAAAGCAAAAAAUCCAAGGAUUUCCAGGCAAUAUUCAGCACAAAAGGAAGAUCUAUCAAAUAUAGUGAAAAUACAGAAUCAACUAAAUCAGAAGAUAGAAAGUUGAAAUACCAUGCAAACGAUCUUGGAGAAUUCAAGCUUAAAGGAUUGCAAGGAAUGAUAAGAUUAUUUGAAAUCAAAUCGGAUAAAAUAUUGGAGAGAAAAUACAGUGAAAAUUUGAGAAAUACUGAAGUAACAAAAUUAGAUAUGUUAAAACAAGGUUCCCAACUAAAGUCAACUCGUACCAUCCUUCCUCUAAACUAA